GAAUAUCUGACAUCUGCAGGCAAAGUUCAGCAUCAGCUAUCCAUGUCAUUUGCUCGCUGUGAGGCAGAAAUCUUGUUCACAGAUGCACCCACAGCCCGAGAUGCAGCACGACAUCGAUCUACAAAAGGAAAAGGAGCUGGUGCAUGGCUGAACGCAAUCCCGACUUCAGAAGUGCUCGCACUAAAUUCUUACGAGUAUCGUUUAGCGUCCUUGCUGAGGUUGGGCUUGCCCAUUCCACUUUCUGACUGGAUGACAACAUGCAACUGUGGUGCCUCCCUGGACAGCAGUGGGUACCAUCUGCUAACAUGCAAAACCGGUGGAGGGCCAGUUUGGUCGCACGAAUCGCUUGCAUCAGUCUGGUCUGAUUGCCUGCGGGAGCUGCACAUCCAUCAUCGAAGGGAACCGAGGCAUCGGUAUGCCAAUUCCAAUGACCGGCCAGACAUUGUAGCCUUCGACUCAGACUCUGGGUGCAAUGUGGAUCUGGACAUAGCUCUAGCACACCCAUGGAGCUCGGACAUCUUCCCUAGAUCUUCGGAAACAGAUGGCGCCGCUGCUGAGAGAAGAGAGGAGAGAAAAAAGUCAAAAUACGAGAAGGAAUGUCUACCAGGUGGAACUGCUGUCAGUCUCAUUCCUCUGGUUAUGGAGCAUUUUGGACGCUGGGGUGUCAUGGGAAGAAACUUCCUGCAGAAACUAGCAAAGAAAUCAUGUGACGAAAUUGGUAGACCAAACGCUGCAGAGUUCCUUGACUUUUGGCGAAAAAGAUUCUCCCUUCAGCUGCAAAAAUGCAAUGCCAAAGUCAUACUGAGGAAGAUGGCAAGCUUGUCAAGUGACACAAGUAGCGCUAAGUACUCAACCCAGUUCUUUAGCCACUAGGCUGACCUGGGUUAUCUUUUAAGUUAAGUUGUUACUGUUUUUAGUGCUUUUUCCUGUGUACUGUAGCACCUAAAACAUUAUGUCAUUGCCUAGCACUCUUUGUAUGAUAGAUGAAUGUUUGAAAAUAUAUGUGACAGACAGACAGACAGACAGACAGACAGACAGAC